AUGGCCACAACAACAUUAGGAGGAACAUCUUAUUUACCUAAUCUCAAAGCUGUAACCAACCCUCCCUUUCGUGUCUCCUCCACCAGUCAAUUGGUCGUCAGCUGCCGCCGCCGCUCGUUAAACUCUAUUACGACAAUAAAAAUGGCAUCCACGGAAACAGAGCGUUUAGGGAUUAAGAUCGUCAAAAACCCACCCGAAUCUAAACUCUCCGACCUCGGUGUUCGCUCUUGGCCCAAGUGGGGAUGCCCUCCGAGCAAAUUUCCGUGGACUUACAGUUCGAAAGAGACAUGCUACAUAUUGGAGGGGAAGGUGAAGGUGUAUCCUGAUGGAUCUGCUGAAGAUGAAGCAGUUGAGAUUGGUGCCGGUGACUUGGUCGUCUUCCCCAAGGGGAUGACCUGCACUUGGGACGUCUCCCAAGCUGUUGAUAAGCAUUACAAAUUUGAUUGA